CCCUGUAUCAAAUUGCACAAACGGACCACGUAGCUAACUAUCCUUUCGCAGGCCAACUCCGAGCUCGAGCAGCUCCGCGCCGCAAACGCAAGCCUGCAGGAAGAGAAGGCCUCUCUAGUCCCCAAGAGUGAUCUUGAGGCGAAGAACGAGGAAAUCGCCAAGCUCAACUCCGAGAAAGCAGCAGCAGAUGCCGCCUAUGCCGAAGAGAAGGGGACACUCGUUCCCAAGGCUGAAGUCGAAGCCAAGGAGGCCAUCAUUGCCACCCUCACCACCGAGAAGAACGAAGCUGUCGACUCCCUCAAUCAGGCGAAGGAGCAGCUGGACAGCCAGUUGGCUACGCUCCAGCAAGAGCUGGAUGCCGCGAAGACCAGCCACAGCGAAGCUGUCCAAAAGCUAUCAAGCAAGGACCAGGAGUACACCAAGUUGCAGGAAGAUCACGCUGCUCGUGGUGUCGAAAGCGAUGGUCACAAGACCCGCAUUUCGGAGUUGGAAGCCUCAAUUGCAAGCCUUGAAUCGGCCAAGGGUGAUGUUUCCGGCGAAAUCGCAACACUGCAAAAGUCUGUCGCUGAGAAGGAGGAGGCUUUGACUUCAAAGCUCGCCGAACUCGAAGCUGCGCAGAAGGAAGCCGCCGCCCAGGCUUCUGAGCUUGCCAGCGCCACCCAGGCACACGAGGCGAC